GCUAAUCCACGAGAGAGGGCUCUCCCAUCGGCGCUGCUCUCGCUCUCGCUCUCGCUCUCGUUCUCCUCCUUCCUUUUCCGCUUCCUCCCUCUCACUGCUCUCCCCAAAUUUCCUUUCGUUUCUCUGCUCAGGUCUCUCUUUAACUGGCUUGCUUGUUUUCUUCGAGUUCUUCAAAGCUGGAUCUUGUAAAAUCCGUCUGCGUGAUACAAGAGGAGAUUAUCUUUUGAUCAGUGUUUCGUAAUCUUGGAGAAAUUCGGAUUACGUACAUAUUUAUAUAUAAAACCUUAGGAACUCUUAUCUUAUCCAAAUUAUUGUUUAAGAUCUUGUGUUUUUCUUCCCAGGUCAAUCAGUUUUUCUGUUAUUUGUGUUUCAAAUUCUAAAUCGCUAGAUUUGGUUGCUGAGUACACACUGAAUUGCUUAAAAAUCUCGUAAAAGCUGUUGAUAGAUUGAGAGUUCUUGCAGAUCUCUCACAUAAGCUUUCUGGAUCUGAACCUCUGUUUUUCGUUUCUGCUGGAAUUUCAUAUAUAGAGCUAAAAAACAGAACUCUGAUUGAUAGAAACAAAUCUCUAUAAGAAGAAGGAACCGUUGUGCAAAUCCGUAAAGUUCGCUACUUUUUGAGGCUUUCAUCUCUAUAUUUAAUCUAUUUUGCAAAAACAAAAACCGGCGCAUUUCUGAUUUGUUUCCUGGUUUGUCAAGAAUGUCGGCGACAUCCAACUCUCUACUUAAGCCCCGAGCUCACUCCUCUGCUCUUUCAACCCUCAGUAAACCUUCCAUUUCGCCUAAAUUAAAUGCUAUUGCUCCUGUAUCUUGCCGGAAUAACAGGUCCGCAAGAUGCUCCGCUACCAAAAAAUCGACUGUGGUGGAUAAGAAGUUAUUUGGAACCAAACUGCGGGCUCCUGGAUUGGAGAGGCUUCAUUUAUGGCAAUCGGAUGGGCCCGGAAGGUCCCCAAAGCUUCGAGUUGUGGUUCGUUCCGCAUUGUCCGGAGUGCCGGAGAAACCACUCGGUCUUUACGAUCCGUCAUUUGACAAGGACUCUUGUGGGGUUGGAUUCGUGGCUGAGUUAUCCGGUGACAGUAGCCGUAAAACAGUGGCAGAUGCGCUGGAGAUGUUGAUCCGCAUGGCGCAUAGAGGUGCUUGCGGGUGUGAAACGAAUACCGGUGAUGGAGCUGGGAUUCUUGUGGCCCUUCCUCACGAUUUCUACAAGGAGGUUGCUAAGGAUAUUGGGUUCGACCUGCCGCCACCUGGGGGCUAUGCAGUUGGCAUGUUCUUUUUGCCCACGUCAGAUAAGCGAAGGGAAGAAAGCAAAAAUGUGUUUACUAAGGUUGCGGAGUCUCUUGGGCAUACAGUCCUUGGCUGGCGAAGAGUACCAACAGACAACUCGGGACUGGGCAAUGCUGCCCUGCAGACUGAACCUGUGGUCGAGCAAGUGUUCCUUACACCUACUCCUAGGUCAAAAGCUGAUUUGGAACAACAGAUGUACAUACUACGACGAGUGUCAAUGGUGGCUAUCCGAGCUGCAUUGAACAUGCAGCAUGGUGGUGUUAAAGACUUCUAUAUAUGUUCUCUUUCCUCGAGGACUAUUGUCUACAAAGGUCAAUUGAAGCCCAUUCAGUUGAAGGAUUACUAUUAUGCAGAUCUUGGCAAUGAAAGGUUUACGAGCUACAUGGCCCUGAUACACUCUAGAUUUUCUACAAAUACAUUUCCUAGCUGGGAUCGUGCUCAACCCAUGCGUGUCUUGGGCCAUAAUGGGGAAAUUAAUACGCUUAGAGGCAAUGUGAACUGGAUGAAGGCACGUGAAGGUCUAUUGAAGUGCAAGGAGCUUGGUCUCUCCAAGAAUGAGAUGAAGAAGCUCCUACCUAUUGUGGAUGCUAGUUCUUCUGACUCAGGGGCUUUUGAUGGUGUACUUGAGCUUCUAGUUCGAGCUGGGAGAAGUCUCCCUGAAGCUAUCAUGAUGAUGAUCCCUGAAGCUUGGCAAAACGAUAAGAAUAUGGAUCCUCAUCGAAAGGCCUUGUAUGAAUACUUCUCAGCCCUUAUGGAGCCAUGGGAUGGGCCUGCCCUUAUUUCAUUUACGGAUGGCCGGUACCUAGGAGCUACACUGGAUCGCAACGGACUGCGGCCAGGUAGGUUUUAUGUUACCCGGAGUGGACGAGUUAUUAUGGCUAGUGAAGUUGGUGUUGUGGACAUUCCACCUGAAGAUGUCCUCAGGAAAGGGAGACUUAACCCUGGAAUGAUGCUUCUGGUUGAUUUUGAGAAGCAUAUAGUUGUAGAUGAUGAAGCCUUAAAGCACCAGUACUCCCUAGCAAGGCCCUAUGGGGAGUGGCUGAAGAGGCAAAAAAUUGAACUGAAUGACAUUGUUGGCUCAGUUCUAGAAACUGACAAGGCUAUUCCUUGUAUAGCUGGAGUUGUUCCUACAUCUAACGAUGAUGAGGGCAUGGAGAACAUGGGCGUUCAUGGUUUACUAGCACCUCUAAAAGCUUUUGGGUAUACUGUUGAAGCCUUGGAGAUGUUGCUGCUUCCCAUGGCAAAAGAUGGGAGUGAGGCUCUUGGUUCGAUGGGAAAUGAUGCUCCCUUGGCUGUUAUGUCCAAUAGGGAAAAGCUCACUUUUGAGUACUUUAAGCAAAUGUUUGCUCAAGUGACAAACCCCCCUAUUGAUCCUAUUAGAGAGAAGAUAGUCACUUCCACGGAGUGCAUGAUUGGACCAGAAGGUGAUUUGACGGAAACAACUGAGGAGCAAUGCCAUCGUCUUUCAUUGAAAAGCCCUCUCUUAUCCAUUGAGGAAAUGGAAGCAAUUAAAAAGAUGAAUUACAGAGGGUGGCGAAGCAAAGUCCUUGACAUAACUUACUCAAAGGACUGCGGUAGGAAGGGAUUGGAGGAGACAUUAGAUAGGAUUUGUGCUGAAGCACAUGACGCAAUUAAGGAGGGUUACACUUUGUUGGUUCUAUCUGACAGAGCCUUCUCGUCAAAGCGCGUUGCUGUAAGCUCACUCUUGGCGGUUGGCGCUGUCCAUCAUCAUCUGGUUAAAAAGCUUGAGCGCACUCGUAUAGGUUUGAUAGUUGAAUCUGCUGAACCACGUGAAGUGCACCAUUUCUGUACAUUGGUUGGGUUUGGUGCUGAUGCCAUAUGCCCUUACUUAGCCAUAGAAGCCAUCUGGAGAUUGCAGGUUGAUGGGAAGAUCCCACCAAAAUCUACCGGUGAAUUCCACUCAAAGGAUGAGCUAGUCAAAAGGUAUUUCAAAGCAAGCAACUAUGGAAUGAUGAAGGUUCUUGCUAAAAUGGGAAUUUCAACUUUGGCCUCAUACAAGGGUGCCCAGAUCUUUGAAGCAUUGGGCCUUUCAUCAGAAGUGAUUGAGAAGUGCUUUGCAGGAACUCCAAGCAGGGUAGAGGGAGCAACCUUCGAGAUGCUUGCCAGUGACGCACUUCAUUUGCAUGAAUUGGCAUUUCCCACCCGGGUCUACCCUCCUGGAAGUGCCGAAGCUGUAGCACUCCCCAAUCCUGGGGAUUACCAUUGGAGGAAGGGUGGUGAAAUCCACUUGAAUGAUCCUCUUGCUAUAGCAAAGCUUCAAGAAGCUGCCAGAGCUAAUAGUGUGGCUGCAUAUAAGGAAUAUUCUAGACGCAUUCAGGAGUUGAACAAAGCCUGCAAUUUGCGUGGGCUUUUGAAGUUCAAAGAAUCAGAUGUAAAAGUUCCAUUAGAUGAAGUGGAACCAGCUAGUGAAAUUGUUAAACGGUUCUGUACAGGAGCUAUGAGUUAUGGUUCAAUAUCACUUGAGGCACACACAUCUUUGGCGAUUGCGAUGAAUAAAAUUGGAGGGAAAUCAAACACAGGUGAGGGAGGUGAACAACCAUCUCGCAUGGAGCCUCUUCCAAAUGGUUCAAUGAACCCAAAGAGAAGUGCAAUCAAGCAGGUUGCAAGUGGGAGAUUUGGAGUUUCUAGUUACUAUCUAACAAAUGCUGAUGAACUACAGAUCAAGAUGGCUCAGGGGGCUAAGCCCGGGGAAGGAGGUGAGCUUCCUGGUCACAAGGUCAUAGGAGAUAUUGCAGUUACCAGAAAUUCCACAGCUGGUGUGGGACUUAUCAGUCCUCCUCCCCAUCAUGAUAUCUAUUCGAUUGAAGACCUUGCCCAGUUGAUUCAUGACCUUAAGAAUGCCAAUCCAGGAGCUCGAAUAAGUGUCAAAUUAGUAUCUGAAGCUGGUGUGGGGGUAAUUGCUAGCGGUGUGGUGAAGGGGCAUGCUGACCAUGUGUUGAUCUCAGGUCAUGAUGGAGGUACAGGGGCUUCUAGGUGGACUGGCAUCAAGAAUGCUGGGCUCCCUUGGGAACUAGGUUUGGCUGAGACCCAUCAAACUCUUGUUGCAAAUAACCUUCGUGGCCGCACAGUUCUUCAGACAGAUGGCCAACUUAAAACUGGAAGAGAUGUGGCCAUUGCUGCACUUCUUGGUGCAGAAGAAUUUGGCUUCAGCACUGCACCUCUCAUAACACUUGGCUGCAUCAUGAUGCGAAAAUGCCACAAGAAUACUUGCCCUGUUGGCAUUGCUACCCAAGAUCCAGUUCUGAGGGAAAAGUUCGCUGGAGAACCCGAGCAUGUCAUAAAUUUCUUCUUUAUGUUAGCGGAGGAGCUGCGGGAGAUAAUGUCUGAGCUUGGUUUCCGUACUGUCAAUGAGAUGGUGGGCCGCACAGACAUGCUUGAAGUUGAUAAAGAAGUCACUAAGAACAAUGAGAAGCUGGAAAAUAUUGAUCUCUCCCUGCUGCUUAGGCCUGCAGCUGACCUUCGGCCUGAAGCUGACCUUCGGCCUGAAGCUGCCCAGUAUUGUGUCCAAAAGCAGGAUCAUGGCUUGGACAUGGCUUUGGAUAACAAAUUGAUAACCCUUUCAAAGGCUGCUUUGGAGAAAAAUCUUCCUGUGUACAUCGAGACUCCAAUCUGCAAUGUGAAUCGUGCAGUGGGAACAAUGCUUAGCCAUGAAGUCACCAAACGUUACCACUUGGCAGGGCUUCCUGCAGAUACUAUACAUGUUAAGCUUAAUGGAAGUGCUGGGCAGAGUCUGGGAGCUUUUCUUUGCCCUGGUAUCACCCUGGAGCUAGAGGGUGACAGCAAUGAUUAUGUUGGUAAAGGGUUAUCAGGUGGCAAGAUUGUAGUUUAUCCUCCAAAGGGUAGUUUAUUUGAUCCAAAAGAUAAUAUUGUUAUUGGCAAUGUAGCUCUCUAUGGGGCCACGAGCGGUGAGGCAUAUUUCAAUGGGAUGGCAGCUGAAAGAUUCUGUGUACGUAACUCAGGGGCCAGGGCUGUUGUAGAAGGUGUUGGUGAUCAUGGAUGCGAGUACAUGACAGGUGGGACUGUUGUUGUACUUGGGAAAACUGGCAGGAAUUUUGCUGCGGGUAUGAGUGGUGGUGUUGCUUAUGUUCUUGAUGUUGAUGGGAACUUUCAUUCUCGAUGCAAUUCUGAGCUGGUAGAUCUUGAUGGAGUCGAGGAAGAAGAGGAUAUUAUGACUCUCAGAAUGAUGAUACAGCAACAUCAGCGCCACACAAACAGCCAGCUAUCUAGAGAAGUACUAGCUGAUUUUGAAAAUCUUCUGCCAAAAUUUAUUAAGGUCUUCCCCAGGGACUACAAGCGGGUUCUUGCCAAAAUGAAACAAGAAGCAGCUCUGACAGAGCUUGCUGUUAAAGAAGCAGAGGAGAAGGAUGAAGCAGAGCUGAUGGAGAAGGAUGCUUUUGAGGAGCUCAAGAAGUUGGCAGCUGCCUCUUUGAAUGAGAAAUCUAGUCUGAAAGAAGUUGCUGAAACGGUGAAAAGGCCUACUUUGGUUAAUGAUGCUGUUAAACACCGAGGCUUCAUUGCAUAUGAGCGUGAGGGUGUUCGAUACAGGGAUCCUAAUGUUCGAAUGAAUGAUUGGAAUGAAGUUAUGGAGGAAUCAGAACCUGGCCCACUUCUGAAGACUCAGUCAGCUCGUUGCAUGGACUGUGGUACUCCUUUUUGCCAUCAGGAGAACUCUGGGUGCCCUUUAGGAAACAAGAUACCUGAAUUCAAUGAAUUAGUAUACCAGAAUAGAUGGCGUGAAGCGUUCGAUAGGCUCCUCGAGACAAAUAACUUCCCAGAAUUCACUGGCCGAGUUUGCCCUGCGCCUUGUGAAGGUUCUUGUGUUCUUGGUAUUAUUGAGAAUCCUGUUUCUAUCAAAAGCAUUGAAUGUGCUAUCAUUGACAAGGCCUUCGAUGAGGGAUGGAUGGUGCCACGACCACCCGUUAAGAGAACUGGGAAAGGAGUUGCUAUUGUUGGAAGUGGACCUGCUGGCUUGGCCGCUGCUGAUCAACUGAAUAGGAUGGGUCACUUGGUGACUGUGUAUGAGCGUGCUGAUCGAAUUGGAGGACUCAUGAUGUAUGGCGUUCCCAACAUGAAGACUGACAAAGUGGAUGUUGUUCAACGACGUGUUAAUCUCAUGGCUGAGGAAGGCAUCAACUUUGUGGUCAAUGCCAAUGUUGGAAUUGAUCCUCUUUACUCUCUUGAUAAACUUCGAGAAGAGAAUGAUGCAAUUGUCUUGGCAGUAGGAGCCACAAAGCCAAGGGACCUUCCUGUACCCGGACGGGAGUUAUCAGGUGUCCAUUUCGCCAUGGAGUUUCUUCAUGCAAAUACAAAAAGUUUGCUCGACAGCAAUCUAGAGGAUGGAAACUACAUAUCUGCAAAGGGUAAGAGAGUAGUUGUCAUUGGUGGAGGUGACACUGGUACAGAUUGUAUAGGAACAUCUAUCCGACAUGGUUGUUCUAGCAUUGUAAAUCUAGAGCUUCUACCAGAGCCUCCACGAACCAGAGCGCCUGGGAACCCAUGGCCACAGUGGCCUCGUAUUUUCCGUGUAGAUUAUGGGCACCAGGAAGCUGCUACAAAGUUUGGCAAGGACCCAAGGUCCUAUGAGGUGCUGACCAAGCGUUUCAUUGGAGAUGAACAUGGCAAUGUGAAGGGCCUUGAGGUAAUACGUGUCCACUGGGAGAAGGAUGCUAGUGGGAAAUUUCAGUUUAAGGAGGUCGAGGGCAGCGAGGAAACUAUCGAGGCUGACCUUGUCCUACUAGCCAUGGGGUUCCUUGGUCCCGAGUCGAAUGUGGCGGAGAAGUUGGGCAUGGAGAGAGAUAAUCGAUCAAACUUCAAGGCCGAGUAUGGGCGUUUCUCUACGAGUGUGGAAGGUGUGUUUGCAGCUGGAGAUUGCAGGCGUGGCCAGUCCUUGGUUGUGUGGGCAAUAUCAGAAGGACGUCAAGCUGCUUCCCAGGUUGACAAAUAUCUGAUGAGAGAAGAGGAAGAGGAUGUCACAGUUAGUACCGACUCCCAAGAUGAUCUUGUCAAGAGACGUCGAGAUCUUACCAAGAGGCAGCAAGACAGCAAACACACAGUCGUGACAUAGGUGGCGAUUUCCUUCAGUCCUUUGAAAGAAGUAGAACUGAUUCACAUUAUACUUCAAAAAUCCCAAAUCGUCGGACAGAUGAUGCAAGGAGGGAAACAAUUUUCUCUAUGCUUUAAACCGAUAUAGAGUCGAGUGAAGUGGGAAAAGGUUUGAGCAGAAGUAAUGAAGUGAAGAGUGGCUUCCAUGGGGCUGACACAGGAAACCGAAUAUUGUCGUUACUUUUUCCAUAUUGUUGAUAGCUUCACCCAGCAUGUUUGAAAGUUGGCUUUUUGUGGCCCUUGUCGAGGAAUAAUGUACAGUUUUGCUUCUAGCUAUAUAUAAUAUGGGCAAAGCAGCUGUGUUGCUAAUUGCCGGGUUAUUUUUGGUUGAUAGGGCUGCUCCCCCAGCCUCUCAUUAUCUCCUUUGCCUCUGCAUUAUGUGAUUCAUUUUGAUAUAUAGAGAUUUACUUCAGCGGACGGUUGAUUCAA